AUGGCGGACCUCUUUGAAGAGCUACCAGAAGACGCCAAUCAUUUGAUCUGUAGGUUCACGUCCAGCCUUGACCUGGACCUCGGGGAGAUUUGGCCCCUACGGCAAGUUUCAAAGACGUGGAAGCAGGCGGUGGAAGAAGGGCACCUGGGAGAAGCCGGCCGCUUCCACAAACCAGGCUUGCUCACUUUCGCUUGCCGGGUUGUUGACGCUGAGCCUGGCAGGGGCAAAAGUUUGUUAGAGUGGCAGAAUGUUUAUCCUGGACUGGGGGUUCUGAAUGAAGAUAGGACUGUGCUUCAUGUUCAUCCAUUCAGGAAGAGGACGUUUGGGAAGGGUCUGACUGAGGCACAGUCAAGCGCGGUCUGGGUGGACAUACCCGAGAGCACGGUUGUGGUCAACAGAGCAGUGUACGUUCUGAGCGAGCCAAAGCGUGCCCCGAGUGAUGUCUAUUUAAGGGUGCGAGAGUUUCGCCUGAGGUCUUUUGACCUGACCAGUCGAGAGGGGUGCUGGAAGGAGAGGAGCUCUUUGCAGCUCACAGAGGAAGAAGCCCCAUUGUCUCCUACGGCAGAGGGCUUCGUUUUCGGGUUUAACUUCUGCACUGUGCAAACCAGCUUUACCGUGGUCGCAUCCCAGCGCUACGUCUUCGUCUUGCACUACGCAAUACCGAGCGUUGUCUCCGAAUUCCCGAAUAGGUGGUUUGCAAUCAUCAGGUCUUCGCACGGAAGCCUCUACGACACCCUGAGCGACACGUGGAGGCCCUUCGCGUUGCCUCCGCAUUUCCUGCCACCCACCCCACGAACAGGCUUAAACGAUUGCCCGUCCAGGUUCCAUGAAUGGAAAGAGGGUGACGUCUUGGCAUAUCUCGCCGAAGGAAGGAAGGUGACUGAAGUGAUGUGUGCUGCAUCUGCGGAUGCCAUUGUUCUGUUAAACGGGCUGCAAAAGAAAGUGUGGCUUCAUUCCCUGGCGGAACGAGAGCUCGACCAACCCUGGAAGGCAGUCUCUUUUGGAUCAGCACUUGGGGAGCAACAUUCCCCGGAGGAAAUAUCCUACUCUUCUCUGACGGCUGUCUCGGGCGUUCCCGACGCAUUCGCCUUCUCUUUCUUGAGGACUACAGGCCCAGGCGCUCCUAGCAAGGACAUCAUCAAGGCCAAGUCUGCUCCACAAGGGCAGAGCAUGGGCAUUGCAGAGAAUGAUUCAUCAACGGUUCUCGCCGUGACAGACGAAACACGUUGGUUAGCGCCCGAAAAUUUCGACGGAAGGUACCACGAAGAUCUUCAUGACGUGCACGGAGAACUGCUUGUUUUCGGCAAGGAGGCAGGCAGGUGGCAGGGAAGCAAGAAGCAUGGCGGCAUUUCGCCCCGCAACCUACCCUGA